AUGGCUCGUCCGGCUUGUGAGCAAAUGUUCGAUGCGGAAGUGAUCUCAGAGCUGCGGCGGCAGUUUGACGCCGCGGAUGAGGACGGAUCCGGCGAAGUCGAUGCAGAGGAGGCUUGCAAGCUCUUCGCCAGAAGCUGUGAUGAAGCGGCUACCGAUGAUGAAAUACGUAAAACAGCCGAAGCAUUGCGCCACCAGCUGGACACAGAUCGUUCAGGCAAGAUCUCGUUUGAUGAGUAUUGCUUCCGCUUUGGCCGGCGCUACCAAAUGGAACUCAACCGUCGCAGACGGGCUGGUGCUGCGUCCAACGGCGUUCCGAAGCAAGAUGCUGCUGCGACAAAGCUGGACGAGGAGAGACAAAAGCUGGAGCAGGAACGUGCCGCCAUCAGGCAAGAGCGGGAGCGACUGCAACUGGAAAGAGAACGUGAAGCCUUGAAAAGGGAGCGUGAAGCUCUGGAGCGAGAACGCCAGGCAUCCACGACGGCAGAAAUGACAUGUGCCCUGAGAAGUCAUCUGUUGUCAUCUGCACAUCUUUUCACAUCUUCAGCACAUCUUAUGACUCUGUGCUUGGAUCCUGGGUGUCGGCUGGUGGCUAGGCAUCACAAGCCACGAGCAGCUCGGGCAGCUCGGGCAGCUCAGCUCAGGCAGUUCACGCAUGUGCGCUCUGGAAUGUCCAAAUUUCUUGCAGACGGCUUGAAGCAGGCGCUGGUUCCUGGGACGCGUGUGCGCAUCCAGGGUCUUCGUGGAGCACCUGAGCUGAAUGGCCUGGAGGCAGGGUAG